AUGAUAACAGUUAUGGAUGAUUUGGAUAUGCAUGACAUCGGAAACAAUCAUCUCGAUGAAGAAAAUCAUCAGUUCGACUCUACUGAUUUAGAGAUUCUUCAUAACGAGGAAAAUCAAUCGGAAACCCAAGUAACAGUUAUGUAUGAUUUAGAUAUGAAUGACAUCGGAAAUGAUCAUUACGAUGAAGAAAAUCAUCAAUUCAGCUCUGGUGAUUCAGAGAUUCUGCAUAAUGAUGGAAAUCAAUCGGAAAUCCAAGAGGCUGAAGCUAGUUGGAUACCUACUUUGGGUUCAAUUUUUAAAGAUAUCAAAGAUGCUAUUAAGUGGUAUAAAGGAUAUGCAUUAAGAUCUGGUUUUGAUAUUAGAAAAUCAACAGAGAGGAAAAAGAGUGGAAUCACAACUUCGAAAUAUUUUAUAUGCAAUAGAGGGGGAUUGCCAAACACUUCUACCUUAGACACAAUUAGUGAAGAUCAUAACAAGCAAUUGAGAAAUAGUAAUUGUAAACACACAAAUUGCAAAGCUUUUGUUGCAUUCAAAGUUAUACCGCAUUCUUCAGAAGUUUACCUGUGGCGCUUUGAACAACAACACAACCACAAAUUGAUCAAUCAAGAUUGUAUGCAUCUUUCAAGAGCUAAAUGUCAGUUGGAUGUUGUUGAUCAAGCUUUUAUACAUAAGCUUUCGAGUGCAAAGGUGGGGGCAACUACAACAUAUAGGCUAAUGUGCGUUAUAAAAGGUGGAUGUGAAUUUGUUGAUGGACUAGAGAUAGAUUGGAAAAUUUUUACAAGGGAUAUAAAUUGUCACAUCGGGGGCACUGAUGCAAAUUUGUUGAUUACAAAGCUUCAGAAUCGUAAAGAGAAUGUUACAAAUUUUACAUACGAAUACAGAUGUGACAAGAAGCAGUUAAAUGCUCUCUUUUGGGCUGAUGACACUUCAAAACAAAACUUUGAGUUAUUUGGGGACGUUGUUUCAUUUGACGCAACAUAUCGUACAAACAGGUAUUUAUUCUAG